UUGGAUGCCAAACACUCUCCUUUGGGACUGGAAUCAGCCACAUCCUUUAAAAAAGGAGGAAGGCAGCGUGGAGCUUCUUUUUUUAAACUCUCCAAGGAUUUUUCUAGAGAUGUCAGGCUGUCCUGACCCCUGUGCUGGAGGCUGGAGCUGCCUCCUUCACCUGAAUCCCAGGAUGAGACUGAAGAGUGGCUCAGAGGAGGCCUGGAGGACGGCAUCCAGCAUCCAGGGAAUCCUCCCCUUCCUCGUUUUGUACCGGCUCUUGGGACACCAAAUCCUUGCCUUUUUCUACACAAAGCAGUGAAGCCUUUUCCACGUUUUCUAGAGCGGGGUCAGAAGCUGCUCCCCCUUCACUCUGCAAUAUCUGCCACCCAGGACAAGAGUAUUUUUAUGGAACAUUAUCAAGAAAGUUUAUUUUUUACACAGAUAACCCAAGCAAAUGAACACGUGGAUUGGGAAUGGGGCAGGAGGCAGGAGCUGGAUCCCGGAGCGGGUCGGACUCUGAGGCCCCGCCCAGCACGCUCAGGGGGCGUGGCCGCCCGUGGUCCGAUCGCUGCCAUUGGCUGUUGGGAACCGGGUGCUGCGCUCUCCACCAAUGGCGAGGCGGGACCGGCCGCAGGCCACGGUCACGUGCGUGGCGCGGGGGCGGGGCCUGAGCACGGCCGGCAGCGAUGGCGGCGGAGCAGGCACUGACCAUGGCUACCUGCACGGCCCCGGUGAACAUCGCCGUGAUCAAGUACUGGGGCAAGCGAGACACCGACCUCAUCCUGCCCAUCAACUCCUCCCUGAGCGUGACACUGCACCAGGACCAGCUCAAGACCACCACGACGGCGGCCGCCAGCCGGGAUUUCACGGAGGACCGGCUGUGGCUCAACGGGAAGGAGGCGGACGUGGGGCACCCGCGGGUCCAGGCCUGUCUGCGCGAGGUGCGGCGCCUGGCACGGAAGCGCCGCGGGGGCGGUGAGGACGCGGCCGCUCUCAGCCUCUCCUACAAGAUCCACAUCGCCUCCGAGAACAACUUCCCCACGGCCGCCGGGCUCGCCUCCUCUGCUGCUGGCUACGCCUGCCUGGUGUCGGCGCUGGCCCGGCUCUAUGGGCUGGAGGAGGAGCUGUCCGAGGUGGCGCGGCGGGGCUCGGGCAGUGCCUGCCGCAGCAUGUUCGGUGGCUUCGUGCAGUGGCAGCGUGGGGAGCGCCCCGAUGGCACCGACAGCCUGGCCCUGCAGGUGGCCCCCGAGACGCACUGGCCGGAGCUCCGCGUCCUCGUCCUGGUGGUCAGUGGGGAGAAGAAGCCGGUGGGCAGCACGGCGGGCAUGCAGACCAGCGUGGAGACCAGUCCCCUGCUGAAGCACCGGGCAGAGGUGGUGGUCCCCGAGCGCCUGGCCCAGAUGAUGCAGCACAUCCGUGACCGUGACUUUGAGGGCUUUGGCCAGCUGGCCAUGAGGGACAGCAACCAGUUCCACGCCACCUGCCUGGACACCUUCCCGCCCAUCUUCUACCUGACGGACGUGUCGCGCCACAUCAUCGCGCUGGCACACCGCUACAACGCCCACCACGGCCACACCAAGGUCGCCUACACCUUCGACGCCGGCCCCAACGCCGUCAUCUUCGCGCUGGCCGACACCGUGGCCGAGUUCGUGGAGGUGGUGAGGCGCAGCUUCCCCCCCGCCACCAACGGGGACCAGUUUGUCCGGGGGCUGCCCGUGGGCUCGGCUGUGCUGCCGCCGGAGCUGGAGGCUGCCGUGCUCACCGAGCCUGUGCCCGGGGCUGUCCAGUACAUCCUGCACACCAAGCCUGGCCCUGGUCCCCAGCUCGUGGAUGACCCCAGCCAGCACCUCCUGGGCCCGGACGGGCUGCCCCGGACCCGUGCCUGACCCCGGUGACACUGGGACAGCUGGGACACACCGGGGGGACUCUGCCAGUGCCACCAGCGGGCCUCAGGACCCUGAGCCAGGCCUGCUGCAAAGCUGUCCCCAGCCCUGGGGCAGGAUGUCACCCCGGGGCUGGUUUUUAAUCUUUUGUAAGGAAAUACAGGGUUCCUGGUUCCA